UUGUCAGUAAUGAUUGUAUUUCUAGACUUCAAUGUCACUGCUUUAUAUAUAUAACCGCAAUUAAUAUCUAGAACCUUCAAUAGUCGAAAGGAAAUUGAUUUUACUUCGAUGGAUAUUGAUGAUAUUGUAUGCGAGUUUGAAAUUGGUUUCGAUCAAGUGGUCAACGAUGGCAAUGAAAAAAAUCAUACUUGUGCCGAUUAUUCCAGUCCUGAAACUUCAGAUGAUUCUUCGUCAGAUUUGAUUCAAACAAGCACAGAAGUAUUGUGUGAUUCAGGACCAUUCAAAGAUAAGUGUCCCAGUUGCCUUAAUAAUUCAACUUCACAAUCACCACUUUCAGCUCAGUCACUUUCUCCAAUCUCAACACUUGCGGCUACUCAACGGAAAACCUCAGAUUGCUCACCAAUUUCAACUGCCUCAUCAUCAUCACAAUCAACUCCGUUGUGCUCAGCCGGUGUCUCUUUAGUGAUAGGCAGCUUGAAAUGGUGUACAGAACUAACUGAAAUAAUAGCCCGGCUCACUAUUGGUCAUCAAGUGCAAGUAUGUAUGGAUGAUGAAAGUGCGUAUGAGAUGUGCAACAGGCAAGCCUAUAGCUUGAUAUGGCUUCUAGUAAACUCACCAGUCAAUCAAGAAUUACUUAGUCUUACAACUUCCAUUAGAUAUGUCAGUAAAUAUAACAAAAAUGCUAUUGUUAUCGGAGUCUCUCCCACUGAAAUUGAUGUUGAUCUUAAACUCCAUGGUAUUGAUGAAACCGUUGUUCAGCCGGUCACUAAGUCCAUUGUCAAAAAUAAAUACAGCAAAUUGACAUCUGUUCAACUGAAUCCAGCGGAACAAGUGACUGAAGAGACUUGCUCAAGUGAUACUAAUUCUUGCUCAGAGAAUUCUACCAAUCUAUCAGAUGUUGAUGGCAAUGAAGGAAUUCCGCCUCAUAUCCGUGAUUACGACCAAUAUGCUAUCAGGCUAGACCAAACAAAUAUAACUACAGUCACUGCUCAGUUGAAAUCUCCAAACAUUUCUAACGGACAUGAUCAUACAGCCAAGGAAAAGUUACGUCGAGAACGCAUUAAAGAAAGCUGUAGUCAAUUAAGAGUACUACUACCAUACGUAAGAGGCAGGAAAACUGACAUGGCGUCCAUUUUAGAAUUAGGUGUUAGUUACAUAAAAGUAGUCAACACUAUCUUACCACAAGAAUUACAGUCUCAGAUUACAAAUAUUCUCAGUAAAGACUACGUAGUGAAAGAGAAUAUAAUGAAAUGUAAUCAGCCGAAUAUGGCAUCAUCCAGAGAAACAACGGCUCCGGUGCAAAAAGUUAUCAAAACAAAUAAAGAUCAAGAUUACACGUCGAAUAAACUAACUCCAGUCUCCGAAUUUGGCCAUGAAGAACAAGUACAACGGCUCGAUACAAAAAGUGUGUCCAAUAAUAGUUCGGCAAAUGUUGCAACGUCACCAGUCAAGAGACCUAAUUACGAAAUGGAUGGAACUACAAGUUCUAAGUACCUGGAGACAAAUGAUACACAUCUACAAUAUGCUAUCCGUAAAGAACCUCGAUUAGAAAUGACUGGAACUGCAGAGAGUGACGAAAUAACACUUCUUGAAUACAAGAAAAACUUCAAAGAUCAUUCCAUUCCCAGUCGACUGACCACCACUGUCUCAACAAACUCGAAACCUAUACAAAGUGGCAUUUUAAAUCCAGAAAUCCGAUUAAUUCCUGUGGUUAAUGCAAGCAACAAAAAUUACGUGGAGCAGGAACCACCUAUGCAUAUGUGUCCAUAUUCAUUACCUGUAUACCAAGCAAACGAGUGUUCUGUUCAUAAACAGAUUGCACCAGUUGGACCACAAUUAUUUUGUCCACCAAGACAGUACCUCAGCUACCCAAACCUUUGUGUAUAUCCAUCUAGCUAUUUUGGCCAUUCGGAAAUCGGGCAAACGGAUGGUAAUUUUGUAGCUGGAAAAUAUAACUUCAAUGACAAUGAAUUUGAGCAUUCAAACAUCCCCAUGUAUUAUCAUUGUUCAAAUAAUGAAGCACCAAAAUCUAACUCCACAGAAAUCGUGCAGAUGUCAAAUUCAACCCAGUCAUCUUUCUAUAGAUCUAUAGUUGAUAAGCCAUUACCUGCUGAUUACCCUUUAAACACUCAUAUGGAUACAUUGCCCAGUAAUGAAACAAACGAAUUGUUUAACGGCUUCAUAACAGUGGCAAACACACCAACCUCUGAUACUUCAAUUCAUAAAUAGAUUCACGUUAGCAGCAAUAAGAAUGAGGACAGUGACAACAACAGCAAUGAUAACAGCAACACUACAAAUCAAAAUCAGACAUUCAGUAAU